UUAUAGGCCAACAUUUCGUCAUGUUUUUCAGUGGUAGUGUGUCAGUGUACUAGUGGAGAGUAUAGGAAUAAUGUCUAUCAAUAAAAAGAAUAUCGUUCCCUGUAUAACCUGGGUGAAACGGGGUUGUGCUAAACAGAAACCAGAUAAGAUUACUUUAGAUAAAGAAGAGCUAAAGAAAAUUAUAGAAAAAAAUCAAGACAUACUUGACAAUAAUGAAAAAGAUUCAGAUAGUGAUGCGGAAGAAGCAGGGAGUGUUGAUGAAGACAAUGAAGAAGAUUUUGCUUCUGCAAUUAAAAAAGCGCAAAAAAUGGCAUCUACAAUAAAAAAGAAGAAGAAAAAGAACCCUCCCGCAACAAAACAUAAGCUGGAUGCUGAAAUGGAAGAUGAAGAUGAUGACAUUGUCAAAAGAUAUGGAUUUGAUGACUAUGAAAUGGAUGACAUGCCCACAGACUUUAUGCAUGGCAUUGGUGGACUCACUCCAUUUGCUUCCAAUGAAGAAGAUCCCUACAUAACAUUGAAAAACGAUGUAGACAGUGAUGAUGAAGAUUUUGUACUGAAGCCAACAGAUAAUCUUAUAGCUUUAGGCAGAAUUACAGAAGAGGCUGCUGUUCUAGAAGUACAUGUCUACAAUGGUGACCUGAGCAAUUUAUUCAUCCAUCAUGACUAUAUCCUCCCAACCUUCCCACUGGUGCUGGAGUGGCUGGAUUUUGACGUUGCAGAUGAAAGCAAAGGAAACUUUGUAGCAAUAGGUACAAUGGAACCAGAUAUUGGCAUUUGGGACUUAGAUGUUGUAGACUCUUUAGAGCCAGUUUCAGUUUUAGAGGGAAAUAAGCACAGAAGCAAGAAAAAGAAAAUGAAGAAGGUUGAAAGUUUGGUAGAAGGACACAGUGAUUCUGUAUUGGACCUGUCUUGGAAUAAAAAUGUUAGGAAUGUGUUAGCAAGUGCCUCAGCUGACAAGACAGUGUGUUUGUGGGAUCUUACUCAGGGGAAAGUUGUUACAGCUUUGAAACACCACUCACAACAGGUUCAGUGUGUGAGCUGGCAUCCUGUAGAACCACAGUCUCUUCUUAGUGGAUCCUUUGAUAAUCUCGCAGCUGUAGUUGACUGUAGAAGCCCAGGAGAAAAUGUAAAAACAUGGAAAUUGGAUGGUGAAGUGGAGAGAGCCAUAUGGAAUCAUUUUUCUCCCUUUCAGUUUUUGGCUAGCACAGAUAAAGGAAUGUUGUAUGAAGUAGAUGUUAGGCAAGACAAACCAUUAUUUACACUUUCUGCUCAUGGGGAAGCUGUAACAGGUGUAAGCUUAAGCUCACAAAUACCUGGACUUCUUGUGACAACCUCACCUGACAAGCAUUUGAAGGUCUGGGAUAUUCUCAACAGCAAACCAUCACUCGUGCUCAGCCGCAAUUUAAAGAUGGACAUACUGCACUGUGUCACCUGUAAUCCUGAUCAUCCGUUUGUGUAUGCUGUUGGUGCAAACAGGGAUUUUAAAGUAUGGGACAUAAGGGAGAGUGCUGCAGUAAGACGCCACUUCUAUGAUCGAAUGCCAGCCCCUCUUGCUGCUGAAUGUGCAGAUGAUUAUGAAGAUCUACCAGAAGAAACAGCUACAGAUGCUUUAGCAAACCUUAACAUGGAAGAUGAUGAAGAUGCUAUUGAGGAAGAGGAGAUGCUAGCUGGAGACAGGGGAAAAAAGAAUUUGCAUGAAGCUUCUGUAGAUGAUGGUGAGGGUAAGAAGAAAAAAAAGAAGAGAAAGAAGAAAAAGAAAAAUGUGUCUAUUGGAACGGUUAUAGAAUAAAAGAAAAGCUAUCUCAUCAAAUGUGUGCCUUUUAUGCUUUAAUACAAUUUAGAUAUUGUAAAAGUCUAUUAACCCUUUGUUGUUAGGAUAAAAAUGAUUUUACUUACGGACAGGCCAGGUGAAAGCACUGCGCAUUUUUCAAAU